GGGGUAGCGCGCGCGCGGCGGCGAGUCCCGGCCGGAGCAGCGAUGGGGCUCCUUCGGCUGCUAGUCCUGGCGGUGCUGGCGUCGGAGCCACGGGCGGCCGGCGGAGCCGAGACCGUGGGCAACUCGAGCGAGGGUCUUCUUGAAUUUUCUGUGGGAAAAUUUAGAUAUUUCACACUCAAAAGGCCCUCUCCAGAGGAAGCUAUCUUGCGUCAUAUUUCCAGCAAUGUGACUUUUCUCAUUUUCCAGAUACACUCACAGUAUCAGAAUACAACAAUUUCUUUUUCUGAGACUCUCCUUCCCAAUGCCUCGGGAACAGGCACUGACAAAGGACUGGUUUUCAUUCUUAGACCAGAGCAGAGUAUGUGCACUUGGCACUUGGCGACUUUAGAUGCUAAGCCUGUCCAGAAUGUGGCCAUCCCACUCUCCUACUCAGAAAGAGAUCCUAUCCCCGGAGGCUGUAAUUUGGAGUUUGAUUUAGAUAUCGAUCCCAACAUUUAUUUGGAGUAUAAUUUCUUUGAAACAACUAUCAAAUUCGCCCCAGCAAACCUAGGCUAUGCGAGAGGCGCGGACCCUCCGCCGUGUGACAUCCAGACGGGCCAGGGCUCCAGGUGGAGGCUGCAGUACGACGUCUACCAGUAUUUUCUGCCCGAGAACGACCUCACCGAGGAGGCGCUGCUCACGCACCUGCAGAGGAUGGCCGAGGUGCCGCAGGUGAAGGCCAGUGCUGUCAAGGUGGUUACCCUAACAGCAAAUGAUAAGACAAGUGUUUCUUUCUCCUCCCUCCGGGGACAAGGUGUCAUUUACAAUGUCAUCGUUCGGGAUCCGUUUCUAAAUACGUCUGCUGCCUACGUUCCUGCUCACACGUACACUUGCAGUUUUGUGACAACAGAGGGUAAUUGUUCUUCCCUGGGAAGAGUGUCUUCCAAAGUGUUCUUCACUCUUUUUGCCCUGCUCGGUCUCUUCAUUUGUUUCUUUGGACACAGAUUCUGGAAAACAGAACUAUUCUUCAUGGGCUUUAUCUUCGUGGGGUUCUUCUUUUACAUACUGAUUACAAGACUGACCCUUCUGACGUACGAUGAGCUGAGAAUGAUGUCCUCCUGUGUGUGUAAAGUAAGGGGCCACCUGUGCUCGACACAUCUUCCCUCAGCUUCUCAUUCACACCUUCCCUUCCGGGUUUUCCAUCCUCGUGGUGAAUUCUCGGUCCUGCUGGCGCUGACCGCCGUCGCUGGAAGCGUUGGUGGGGUCUUCUUGGCCGCCGUGUGGUGGCGAUUCGGGGUCCUCGCGCCCUGCCUGCUGUGUGUCGGACUCGUGCUGGGCUUCCUCGUCUCGUCAGUGACCUUCUUCACUCCGCUGGGAAACCUAAAGCUUUUCCGUGAUGACGCAAUAUUCUGGGUGACCUUCUCUUGUAUAGCUGUUGUCAUUCCAUUGGUUUUCACAGGCUGCCUAAGAAUACUGAACAUCCUGAGUUGUGGACUUGUUGGCUCCUAUUCGGUGGUCCUGGCCAUUCACAGUUACUUGUACACAAGCCUUUCUUACAUCACUUUGAACGUGCUCAAGAGAGCGCUCCACGUGGAUUUCCGCGGGGCUUUCCUAAACGUGCCUUUUCAAACGAAUGACUUCAUUAUCCUGGCAGUGUGGGGGAUGCUGGCUGUGAGUGGCAUCACGUUUCAGAUUCGCAGAGAAAGAGGGCGGCCGUUCUUCCCUCCCCACCCCUACAAGCUGUGGAAGCGAGAGCGAGAGCGCAGAGUGACCAACAUCCUGGACCCCAGCCACCACAUCCCUCCGCUGAGAGAGAGGCUCCGUGGCCGGUUGGCCCAGAUCAAAGAGCUCUUCCGGAAGGAACAGCCCGCCGGAGAGAGGACGCCCCUGCUUCUGUAGGGGCCAGCGGGCUGGGCAGCACAAGUGUGAUCUUGCAGUGCAGCCCAGGCACCGCCUCGGAGUUGGUGUUGAUGACCAGGUGCUGAGAAACCGGCGUCUGCACCUGCGCUUUGUACAGUAUUGUGGUGUCCUUCUGCGCAUGGGGUAAGGGUGUGCUGGGGAGAUGACAGUAAUUCUCAGUCAGAGUGAGAAGGAUGACCAAAAGUGCUGGUAGGGAGGUUUUUCCUUAUUACUGAAUGCCUAAGAAAUUCCCCUCUGGUUUAUAAAUAUAUGAUCAACUUAUUCCGUUAACUAAAUACACUCAAAAAAAAAAAAAGAAAAAUUAAAAAUCAGUUGUUCUCCCGAUACUUUCUUUUUAUAACUCCUGGAACAAUUCUCUCACCUGACUGUCUAAACUCUGGGGCUGGGGUGCAGAGGGUGGUUUUAUUUAAGGCUUGCACUGUAUUUUUAUUUGCUCCUGUGUUUGGAGGAUUCAGUACUGCACCUUUGAACUUCAGAGUACAAAAGAGGUAGAACCAACUUACUUUCUUACUAAAAGCAGUCUGAUUGCUUAGUUGCACCUUUCUUAGCAUCCUGUGUUAUCAAAAGAUACCACUCUUUUGUUUAUUUAAUUGUGGUAAAACACAUACUUACGUUCCAAUCAUUUUUAAGUGUGUAGUUCAGUAGGUGCCCUUUGCCUUUUAUGGCCCCAAAUGGUAAUUUAAAUAGCUACAUUAUUUCAAUUAUUUGAAAAUAAGUCAAUUUAUAUGAAUAAUACAACUUUUAUAAGAAUGAUUUAUUUAUAUUGCAGAUUUAAAAAGGGCCCUUUUUUUCCCCCUUCAAGACCUUUUAAAAUAAUAUUGACAGUUGAUCUCUAGUAAACUGUAUUAGAUGGACAUAAGAAUUAUUUUGUUGUUAGGAAAGAGGUUGGCUCCUAACUUCAUCUACAUGUAGUCCCAUUACUAAGGAAAUCUUUAAAAAAUCUGCGUUUUGUAGUUCUUUCUGCUAAAUGAGUUGUUAGAGCAUUGAUGUAAAAUACAGUUUCAAAACAUUUCUGUAUGAAGCCUUCGUGCUGUCUGUGCUUCAAAGUGAUGAGGGGGAAGUCAGAAGGGAUUCAGGUGUUUAAUAGAGCUGCUUUUAAUGAGGACCUUGGAUUCUGUAAGGAGAGACUCUUCGGUUUUGACUCUUUUUUUGUCCACCACGAGGCACUCGGAUGCCCUGGGUUGCAUCCCUACCCCUCAUGGCCUUUCCUCUUAACUUUCAGAGCCUCUUCCCAGGUUCUGCCUUGGAUUCGAGGCUGGCGACUCCGACAAGCCUGGGUGAUGGUGAGCCCGGGUGUGGUCGCUGCAUUUCCACUUGUGAGUGAACCACUGUUUAAACGAUGCUGCUUCUAAGAGUUUUUCAGAAUAGAUUUUUGAAGUUUCAGUUGACUGGAAAAUUUUCAACUUUUGCUUUUCAAAGUGUUUUGGAAAGGCUGAAACAAAAUGAAAAAAAAUGUAUAACUAAUCCUUUCUGCUUUGAAAAAUUAUACACAAUUGUUCGUUUAUUUAUUUUGUAAACUUCACUGUUUAGAUAACUUCAGUAACACUUAAACGUGAAGAGAAAAAUAUGUUUUUUUUUUAUAAUUCACCAUAGGGAUUCUGGCUUCUGCCAUAUCAUUGUAAAUUCUAACAAAGUUACAUGGAAUAUUUGUGAGUUAUUUUCUAUACCAUCAAAAUGCACUGCCAGUGAGGAUUGUAAAGACAGAACACACUUUCUUGGGGGGGUAGGGGGUUACAAAUUGUUUAAAAUUUUUCAUGAUAAUUUGUGAGUAAUAAAAAGCCAGUUUGUAUAAUUUUUUAAAUAAUAAAUACCUAUUUUGA